AUGGCGCCGUUUUUGUCGACGAGAUUCAUAAUCCACUGCAUAUCCUGGAUGUCAACGCACAUCCUCCUCCUACUACUUCUGUUAAUACUCAUCCAUUGUGUUACCGUAUAUGGAUUCGAUAAAAUCGAACUCGAAGACACCACCAUCUAUUUUCCGCUUAAAAUCGAUUAUGUGGCGCCAUUUGGGUGCGCGUUGGAGGGCAAAACGUGCGAUGAUGAAGGCGCCGCUUAUAUACCGGCUGCUGUUCAAGUGGCGCUCGAGCGAUUCGACAAAAAUCCCAACCUUGAGAUAUUCCACAAUCUCUCAGUGAAUUAUGUGGACACCGCGAAAAUUGAGGGACCACGCGCCGCCAAAUCGGUGGCGAUGAAUGACGAAACGAUUGCGGUUGUCGGAUUAUCGCGCGAUUGCUACAUUCAGACGACGAUUCUGAAUAUUAAUAAUAAAAUUGGGGUGUCAGAUUACUGCCACAUGGAUUUGUCAAGGGUUAAAGGAUUCGAUCAGAGUACAGUACUUCUAAAUUCCGCGACGGACCCUCUCGCCAAGGCCGUUAUGUACUUCCUUAAAAUGUAUGAAUGGAAAAAAGUUGCCGUUGUCUCACCUUCAACGACCCUUCCGGCAUUUGACACCAAAGCUAGAAGUGAUUUACUAGACACUCUUGCUAACAAUGACAUCGAUAUUCUGCUUGAUAGUCGUGUUAACCCGAACGCCGAAUUGAGAACGAUUUCGAAAAAAAUUGGGGAAGACGCGAAAAAGGCUAGAAUUUUCAUCAUUCUUGAUUGGUCGCAAAACGCGAAAAUCCUUCGAAAUUAUCUUUUCAAGUUCGGCGAGCUCAAUAAAAUUCAAUCCGGCGAGUAUUUCAUCAUCGCGUUCGUUUCCUAUAGCGCCAAUUAUCAAUGGCUUGAUGACACCAGCGGAAGUCGAAAGCUUUUGCAUCUCGGCGUUGAUUCAAUUGACGAAUUUAACAUAACCGAUCACGACUUGCAAACCAUCUACCGUAAUCUAGUAAUUCUUUCCGAUGGUCCGCCGCCUGUUACACCGAAUUCGACAUGGGCUCAGGUUCAGAAGAAAGUGAAAGACGCUGCAAAAAAGGCAAUUUGUCCGCCAUUCUGCGAUGGAAAUAUCUCAAAGAAAAUCGUACCCCGCUGGGAUCGCAUUAAAUCGGUGUUCGACUCAUUGGACUACCUGGCUCAUUCCGUCGAUGAUGCCUUGAAGCUGGGAAAAAAUAUCUACAUAACCGAGAACUUGUAUGAAUUCAUGCUGUCUAGAACAAUUGAAAGUGUCGCUGGCGUCAACGAGUAUGUCGGCGGAUUUGGAAACGCGAUAGGAUCAAUGCAAGUGUACAAAUUCUUCUCCAGCAAAAUUCACAACACAUAUUCGCUGUUCCCUUGCGCAAGAUUGAGCCAAGAAUCCAUUCUAGCAUCCGAGUGGAUUCUGACGGACUACGAGGAGGGAUUAUCGAUAAACUUUAUCAACGGGUCACCUCCAGGCGACACUCCAAAAUGCGGAUUCCAUGAUGAGUUUUGUGGACCACCGCCGAAUUACACAUUCAUCAUUGUGAUUUCUUGCGGUGCAUUCCUUUUGAUUGUUCUCUCCGUCGCCGCAUUCUUUUUAUAUCGCCGAUAUCGCUAUGAAAGACGGCUUCAUUCACUACACUUAUUGAUUGAUCGCAAUCAAAUCAUUCUCAAAAAGCACGUGAAUCUUAUGAGCCAACAAAGUUUGAGAAGUAUGGCGAGUGUUCAAGGCUCCUUUAUACAAGCUUCUCAAACCUUGAAAAACUCCACAUUCUUCCUCGAGGACUACCAACAGGAUGAGACGAGCAAUGUAAGCACCAUAUUUGGAGAAUCGCAAACUGGAUCAAUGAUAGGAUCAGGGGUAUUCCGACAGUCAGGAUCGGCUACCAAUGAAACGACCGACGACCUUAGAUGGCAUUCGCUUUCCGAUUUUGCUGUGGGUCUCUAUGAGGGAAGAACAGUGGGAUUGAAGAGGAUCUAUAGAAGUGACAUUGAAUUGACAAGAAAUGUUCGAAUGGAAAUUGCACAGCUUCAAGAAAGCGCCAAUCCCAACAUUAUUGGAUUCCUUGGAAUGAUGGUUCAGGCGCCGGAUGUCUUUGUAGUCUACGAGCUAGCUCAACGAGGAUCCCUCAAGGAUAUACUGGAUAACGACGAAUUACCAUUGGACGAUAUUUUCAUGAAACAAAUGACGAAGGACAUUGUGGCGGGUCUUGAAUAUUUGCACAAUUCGCCGGUUGGCUGCCACGGCCGUCUGAAAUCCACUAAUUGCCUGAUUGAUAGUCGCUGGAUGGUGCGGUUGUCCUCAUUUGGGCUUCGCGAGCUUCGAAUGGAUGAGAAUCCGAUACGCGAUGAUGUGCAGGACGGCAGGGACGAUCUCUGGACGGCGCCGGAGCUUCUUCGCUGGUCCACAGGGCUCGCCCAGUGCUCACCGUUGCUCGUACAGAAAGCUGAUGUGUACUCGCUGGCGAUUGUACUCUACGAGACGUUCGGAAGAGCGGGACCAUGGGGAGAAGAGCCGAUGGAACCGAGAGAGAUUGUGAAUCGUGUCAAGCGUGGCGAGACCGAGGGGAAGCGCGCGUUUCGUCCCGACAUCGCUGUCGUCAAAGAUGCUCCAAAAAUUGUGCAGGAAACAAUUUCGGCGUCAUGGGUCGAGGAUCCAGCGGAACGGCCAUCGCUAUUUCAAAUUAAGAGGAAAUUGAGGCCACUGACAGCAGGAUUAAAACGCACCAUUAUGGAUAAUAUGGUAUCGAUGAUCGAGAAGUACACGGCAAAAUUGGAGAAAGAUAUUGCUGAAAGGAAUGAGGAAUUGGAGGCGGAGAAAGAAAAAAGCGAAAUGCUGCUGAAAAUGAUGCUUCCAGAUGUUGUCGCUGACAGCCUGAAACGCGGAAACAACGUCACCGCUGAAUCAUUUGAUAGUGUCACGAUCUUCUUCUCGGAUUGUCCAGGAUUCGCCGAACUCUCCGCGUCGUCCCAACCGUUUGAAAUUGUCCAAUUCCUUAAUGAUUUGUACACCUGUUUCGAUAAUGUGAUCAGCAAAUAUGAUGUGUACAAGGUUGAGACCAUCGCCGAUUCGUACAUGGUCGCUUCCGGGCUCCCAAUUCCCAACGGCAAGCAUCACGUGGGCGAGAUUGCUUCGAUGGGAUUGGCGCUAUUGGACGCUGUCAAGGAUUUCCGAAUCAAGCAUCGGCCGGAGGACAAGGUCCGCCUUCGCAUCGGAAUGAACUCGGGACCAUGUGUAGCAGGUGUGAUUGGAUUGAAAAUGCCGAGAUAUUGUUUGUUCGGUGAUACUGUGAACACAGCUAGUCGAAUGGAAAGCAAUGGAAUCCCUCUUCGUAUCAAUUGCUCGGAAUCUGCGAAGCAGCUGUUGGAGCUUCUCGGAGGCUAUGAGAUCGAGGAAAGAGGGCUAGUCGAGAUGAGGGGAAAGGGCAAGCAAAUGACAUACUUUGUUCGCGGCGAGAAUCCCGCGGCGCGUCGGGAUCGCAUUCUAAAGGAUCGCGUCAAAUACGCAACCCUCAAAAAGGCGAUCGUCGAUGAGAAGAAAAUCGAAUUCUCGUGA